AUGCCCUCCGCAGAGCCCGGUUCUCGUUCACUUGGCUUAGUACUCCUCGCCCACACGACGCGCUGCAUCGUCGCCAUCUUCAUCCAUCUAUUCGGCCUCUUCCGCAUUAACUUGCGUCUGAUUCCGCAGUGGUUUCGUUUCUUGCUCAUAGCGAUCAAGCUCGUUGGCCGCGCAGUCACCGAGUCGGCCGGCAUUGUUUCGGUUUCGACAAAGAAAACAGUCGCCGCCUGGAAAGGGACGUUUGCCAUUCUUCUCUGGGCCGUACCUUACACCUUUUUCCUCUUUUUCUUCAUCCUGCAAGCUGCUCUCUUCGUUGUCGUCCUGGAAGAAUGCGAGACCGUCUACCUGGGACUUCGUUCCUCCCGCUUCGGAACCGCGGUUCUUGGGUUCCUCCUGAACGAGGAGUUGCUACCGCCGUCGCCGCUCGACCGACCAUCUCCGGACCCGUGGGACCCGUCCAUCGCAGCAACGGACCGAAUCUUGAGCGUGCCAGAGAGAUCACCGUCGUUUCGAGCAUUGUCGACGCCCAGCCUGUUUACCACCAGCCAGGCCAAAAAGCCGUGCAGCCGGAUCCUGACAUUCCUGAAAGGUCUCUCAACAUAUCUGUCCACGAUGAUGAACACGACGACAACUCAAACUCCUCCCGAGCGAACAGGAAUGAUGACGCCCGAGCAGAUGGCGAUACAAAGCUUACGCAAUCUUCAGGGGCCCCUUCAAUUUACGCGGGCCGACCAGUCAUACAGAGUGGAAGCAGCCACCAACUACAUAUCGAUGUUCAAAGACGCCGUGCUGUUAGAGAUCGUCAAGUGCUGGCAGAGAUUUCCCACCCCAACGCGUCUACACGGGUUCCUUCUCGAGACCGGACCGCGCUUAAGCGACGCGACACAGCAGACCAGAAUGGAGAGAAGCAUGUCAUCCCGCCGAGGUUGUCUCGACUCCCAUCAACAUGUUACCGCGGUGCACGACGUCUCUCAGCUAGCUUCUCCAACGGAGGGCCUCUUUCCAGCAACCCAACUGUUGCCAGCCAUAGUAUAA